CGAGAAGACGCAUGCGCGCAUGCGGCACUGCGGCGCUCUCCAGGUGUGGGCGCGGUGCCUCCCCGCGACAGGACGUGGUAUGCGGUGCUCACCAGAACAGGCAGCAGGAGAAGACCCGCAGGCCCGCUCGCCGCUGCGGCGAAAACUGCGGGAAGAUUCUCUCCCCAGGAACAGGAGGUCCCUUGUGCGAUCACGCACAAGGAAGGACGUGGAAAUCCCGCUGCGCACUUUCAUUGGUGGCUUCUCAGUGUAGGCCUCGCCCUCCGCCCUCGCCGCGACUGUGGCGGGAGCCCUAUAUCCGGGACAGGGCGGAAGAGGCGGGCUGGUGGGGCGGGGCCAAGAUGGCGGCGCCUUUGAGGAUUCAGAGCGACUGGGUCCAAACUCUCAGGAAAAAUGAAGGGGAGGCCUGGCUGAGCUGUCACCCUCCAGGGAAACCAUCUUUGUAUGGCAGCCUAACUUGUCAAGGAAUUGGACUGGAUGGCAUCCCAGAGGUUAUAGCUUCUGAAGGAUUUAUUGUGAAUGAAAUAAAUAAGAAAAGCAUUCAUAUUUCAUGUCCAAAGGAAAACGCAUCUUCUAAGUUUUUGGCACCAUUCACAACUUUUUCCAGAAUUCAUACAAAGAGUAUAACAUGCCUGGACAUUUCCAGUGGAGGAGGCCUUGGUGUGUCUUCUAGUUCUGAUGGGAGCAUGAAGAUCUGGCAGGCUUCCAAUGGAGAGCUCAGAAGAGUUUUGGAAGGACAUGUGUUUGAUGUGAAUUGUUGUAGGUUUUUCCCAUCAGGCCUUGUGGUUCUGAGUGGGGGAAUGGAUGCUCAGCUGAAGAUCUGGUCAGCCGAAGAUGCUAGCUGCGCGGCAACCUUCAAAGGGCACAGAGGAGGUAUCCUGGAUACAGCCAUUGUCGACCGGGGACGGAAUGUGGUGUCUGGCUCUCGAGAUGGAACAGCCCGACUUUGGGAUUGUGGGCGCUCAGCCUGUUUGGGAGUCAUUGCAGACUGUGGUUCUUCCAUUAAUGGGGUGGCGGUGGGUGCUGCUGACAACUCCAUCAACCUUGGCUCCCCAGAGCAGAUCCCCAGUGAACGGGAGGUUGGAACAGAAGCAAAAAUGUUGCUGGUAGCCCGGGAAGAUAAGAAGCUUCAGUGCCUGGGACUUCAGAGCAGGCAGCCGGUCUUCCUUUUUAUUGGCUCAGAUGCUUUCAACUGCUGUACUUUUCUCUCUGGCUUCUUGCUAUUGGCUGGAACGCAAGAUGGAAACAUUUAUCAGCUGGAUGUGAGGAGUCCAAGAGCUCCAGUACAAGUCAUCCACAGAUCAGGAGCACCAGUUCUAUCCCUGCUGAAUUUCAGAGAUGGAUUCAUUGCUAGCCAAGGUGAUGGAAGCUGUUUCAUUGUUCAGCAAGAUUUAGACUAUGCCAUUGAGCUCACUGGGGCUGACUGUGACCCUGUAUACAAGGCAGCCACGUGGGAGAAGCAAAUCUACACAUGCUGUCGAGAUGGUCUCUUGAGACGCUAUCAGCUUUCUGACUUCUGACCUCUGACCUCUUGGAAAGUUACUGAAAAGCAUUGACCCUGAUUCACAAUGAGUGGAAGUAUCGUCAGUCCUUCCCAAAGUCUGUGACUCCUUAGUGUCAUAGGCACGCCUUGGAAGUCACAGCAAGUGAGCUGAACUGGCCCAGAGGAUCUAGCAUCCCAAGACCUAAUGUGAGCUGAGGAAGAAGCUCACGUGUAGCUGGGCAUGGUGCCACAUGCCCGUAAUCUUAGCACUCUGGGAAGCUGAGGGAGGAUAGAGAGUUCAGUUCUACCCUGGGCAAUUUAAAGACUUAACAAGACACUAUUUCAAAAUAAAGAGAACUUUUAAAGAGCUGGAGAUGGUGCUUAGUCCAGAGGUAAAUCCCUAGUACCACCAAAAGGAAGGAAGAAGGUGCAGCAGCAGCAGCAGUAAUGACUGCUCACGAAUGCCCACUGCCUUUGCCCCGUCUUCUCCUUACAUAGACCCACCGCACAACAUAGGGCAGAGAUCUGGAUGCUGGCAGUUUGUGAUCAUUCCAAAUUGUGUUACAUGUUUACAAGUAAUAGAGGUCUGAAGCCUGUUCCCUGCAGGAAAUAAAUGUUUGGAGAAACCUGAAUUUGGAAAACUUUGUUAAAGUUCUCUUACUCCAGUAGAAAGUCAGUGAACAAAAUGGAACUCCUUCCUCCAGAGUCCAUGUUGGUCUGGCCCUAAAGAAGAUGCUUGGCAGUAUCAGUAAAUACCUUACAAGAAGCUGCGUGGGAGAGAUUCUUAUUUCUGGUAAACAAACUAUCCCAGUAUUGGAACUGAGGGAUUAUCAGCAACAUUGCACUUUUGACGCUAAAACCAGCAGGCCCAGGCAAACUGACAUGGUUGUUUAGCCUCUGUUUAGGUAGGGAAAUAAUCAUUGUAAAUGAAGUGGCUGGCAAAAUGGCCCUAGAACAGUAGCAUCAGUUGAACAUUUUAGAAAUUCUUGGGCCCCACCUCACAUGUGAAUCAGAAAUUCUGUGUGUUGGUAAUUCUGUGUGUGGGUAGCAAACCGCAGUUGGUAAUCUGACAUAACCUCCAGGUGAUUCUGCUGCAUGCUCAAGUCUGAGAACCACUGACCUAGAGGAAAAGAUGGUGAAGAGCACUUUGCGGGUAGCUGUACCCCAGGGUUCAGAGGAUGGUGAGGCUGGUUCUUAGCUGAGGCUACAGAGGCUGGUGGGGCCCAGACAGUGAAGGACUUGAAUGUCAGGUGAGGAGCUUGGUCUUGGUCCGCAGUAGAAACCCAUAAAACUGUUAAGCAAAAGAAUGGU